CAAUAGAGGAGCCACUCUCCACGUGACUGUGGUCGCGGCAUAGCUUCCUGGCAAUGGCUACUAUCGCCGCUUGUGGGGAGUGGAUUGUAUCCACAUGUGACAGCAAACUAAUUUCUAUUCACACCAAACAGGACAGAGAACCGUUCGUGUUUGACUGCAGUGCCGCCGAAAAGAAACCAAAGGACACGGAGAGUGACAAUAAAAGUGAUGAUGGUGGUGCUGAUGAGACCGGACAUGACGUGAUCCUGGCCGUCGCCGUGUCGCCCACUGGAAGACUGGCGGCGCUGACGGACGACUCCAAACGCCUUGUUCUAUUCCGAUGUGACUCUCCAUGGCAGUGCAUCAGCACAAGGUGGGUGGUGCGGCGCUGCACCUCCCUGGUGUUCAGCCAGGCCGAGGACCAGCUGCUGGUGGCGGACAAGUCAGGGGACGUCUACUCCUUCUCUGUGGAGGAGCCCCACAGGACCGGGGAGCUGAAGCUGGGUCACCUCUCCAUGCUGCUCGCUCUCACACUCUCACCCGACGACCGCUACGUCAUCAGCGCUGACCGUGACGAGAAGAUCCGGGUCAGCCACCUCAAGUCUCCUCACAACAUCCAGGCCUUCUGCCUAGCCCACCGAGAGUUCGUCAGUUCUCUGUUGAUCCCUGCGGCUCACCGGGAGUGGCUCCUCUCUGGAUCAGGAGAUGGGAAUGUGAUUCUGUGGCAGUAUGAAUCAGGGCGGGAGCUCCAGAGAUGGGACAUGAGGAAGCUGAGGGAACUCCCUGACGGCACCAAAGAUGGUGAGGAGGAGGAGAAGAGGUCGGCCGUGAGUCGGAUCACAAGCUCUCCGGACGGCCUUCACGUGGUGGUACAGUGUGAAAGAGCUGCUACGGUCCAGAUGCUGAGCCUGGAGAAGGGUACUGAGGACAGACUGACCCCCAGCCACCAGCUCACCCUGCCCCACUGCCCCUUGGAUAUCAACUUUGACCCCAGAGGCCGACUGUGGGUGCUGCUGGACUCUGCCGACACACCGUUCCAGGUGUACACGCACACACAGGCUGGUUGGCAGCGUGAUGCAGACAACGCCGAAGUGAGCCGGGUGACUGAAGCCCUCAAACCCUACUGGAAGGACCUCCAACCGCUGGCUGUGGCAGAGAGCCGCUUCGAGCACCUGUAUAAGGUGAACUUCGACAACAUGGAGUCCUACAUGGAGAAGAAACGCCUGCGUCUGGAGCAGCAGAAGAGCCACUGGGGCAAGAAGAGGAUGACCGGGGACGGCAACAAGACCCCCGGCAAGAAGAGGAGCAAGGAGAACAAAGUGAAGUGAGCGUCUGGAGGACACGCAGCGAGCUGUAGGAGCAUUGGAGAUCUGGGAAUGACCAUGGACUUUUUGGCAUGGCCAAAAGAAAGCUACUGUGUAGUGUUUGUGUUGGGACAGAAUUAAGAGAUGGUAUUGAGGAUUUUUUUUUUUUUUUUUUAUAAACAUUUAUGGACCAGAAUACUCUUCUCCUCAUUUUUUUACCGUCUACUUUGUGCAGCCACAUGUAUGCCAUUUACCCAAUGAUGUUCUGCACGCAGCAAAGCAAGCUCAUAGGACAGUUGUAAUAAUUCAACCUUUAUUUGUUUGUAGGAAAGAACAAAGGUGACUAGAAAUCUGUACAAUCUGUAAAAAACAACACAUUUAAAAUAAAAACAAGGCUGAUAGAGAAA